AAAUAGCGGUCACCAACCACAUAGACAGGUGGUCUGCUCACUGCAUUCAUUUGUUUAUUUAACGAUAUCGACACAGAAAACAGAAUAAUAUUAAACGGAAAGUAUUUUGCAUUUCAAAAAGAAGAGAAGAAGAAAUAAAUUAAGUAGCCUACAAUAAAUUUUGGCAUGUAGUGUGCGCGCAUUUUUCACGCCUCCGUCAUUUGAUUAAAGUAAAGUAAGAAAACUGUGGAGCUCCUUUCAGCUGCUGAGUUGUGAACCAUGAUCCUCCUGACCCCUUCCUCUGAUGCAUUCGCCUGGCUUUGGAAUCAAAGGAAGUGCAGGGAGAAAAUCUCGUGAAGGGUUGCUACUGCAACAAUAAAAAAAAUAUUUUAAAAAAUUGCAGGUCAAUAUCUGUGCAUACUCUCUUGGAUCAGCACCAUGACUUGAGAGAAUACAGUUAGCUUAGAAGCGAGGAGUUUGAGAAAACAGAAUAUUCUUUUCCCUUAUUUAUGUGAGAAAAUAAAAUAAACAAACAAACAAACAAACAAACAAAAAAGAAUAGCAUAUGCAUAGUAUUUGUGAGGGUAAUCUUUUGGCUGGAAUCAGGCAGUCUCAGCAAAUUUAUAUCUUACUGACAAUAAUCGUAAAUGGUGAAUAGUAAAUAUACAUACUGCAAAUUAAUAGCAGUAUGUAUCAUUGCUCAUUAACUAAAGAUAAAGCUCUGUGGAAUAAAGUUUUCAAUUCCUCCUGCUUUCAUACCUUUUAUAUGCUAUCACAUGCUAGCAGUCCCAAUGUUAUCAGGGAAAAUGUACUCAAAGAAUAUUCAUUUUUAUUUUUUUUUUAUUAAAAUUAUCUUUAUUGUUGUUUUGCUUGUAGCUUGUGGUAUGUAUGUUUAUUUUAAUAUAUGUACUAAUUAUGGUUCAUAAGGUGAAGAUUUAUUUGACAAUUUAUCAAGUAAGAGAAAGGAUAUAUGGAGAAACGUUGUCUCAAUACAGUAACUUGGAGACAUAGAAGUAAUGACAUAAAAUAAAUUGAUUAUUCGUUUAAUUUCUAAGGCAGUCAAAGUUAACUGACUUUUUGCUGUUAAAGAGUGUAACGAAGAAGGAAAAGUCACACUAAAACUCAUCUUCUUAUCCAUGAAACUUUAUGCUCACAAAUAACACCUGCAAGCUGUUCAGUCCAGUUAAGCAUCACCCAGUGCAGUGGCAUAAACAAUGUUGUUUUGUUUAUUCCCUCAGCUUUGGGUUGUUCAAUCCCUCACACCUAUAAGCUUAAUAAUCUUGAGUUAAAGUGUUUUAAAAAGAUAGUCAGUUUUUAAAGCUGACAAGAGGGUUGUCCACCUCAUUUCAAUGUUGUUCACUCACCAUGUGUUGAGGAUUUUUGGAGAAAGUAGUAAUGCUCACUCAAUCUAUUUCUGUAUUCCUAAUAAGCAUCCACACAGCCAUUUGAAAUAAUCUAGUUAAAAAGCUUUUUCUCUUUACAAAAAUGUUUUCUGUUUACAAUAUGCACUUCUACAUUCAAUGCCAUCUUUGACAUAUCAUAGCACCAUUCCUAUUUUAGAGACGCAUGGCUCCAAAGACCUAUUUUGUGUGAAAAUAACAUAAAAAAUUUCUAUUUGCUUUGAGAACAAAUAAAGUAUGGACUGUGACCUAGGUAUGUAACAUUUUAAAUAAAAAAAAAAAAUCAUAUGUCACUUCAAUCUAAAACUUCAUUUGCUUCAUUCUUAGCAUUUCUCAUCUAUUAGAGACAUGCUAAGAAUUUCUCAAAUAGAUGAGAAUUUCCUGGGCUUUAAAGUUGCUGUCUGAGAAAGUUCACAAAGCUACACAAAUCAAUUGUUAAAAACAGUUUAGAAGGAAAUUCAACCUAAUAAUAAACAUUUUUCCAGUAAGUGGCCCAAAAUCUAGGAGUCCAGCUUCAUACUACAGCAAAAAGUGGCACAAAUUAAUAUUAGGUUCACCACAUUCUGUCUUUACUGCCAUUGUAGCUUAAAUCCAAACAUAAAACACAACUGGAUGUUAGAUUUUCAGCACAAAAAUAGAAUAACUCAGGAGGAGUUGAAUCCUUUUUCCACAGUCCUGUGUUUUCCUAUCCUACUGUCGCUUCCUCCAUUAAAGCCCAAGUCCAAGUGCUAUUAAUUGAUCUAAACAAUCAGUCAGCUGUUUGGGCGCUGCUGCCACAUCCUUUUGCUAGGUCAGUGUUAACAGGCUAAUCGAUCUCAUGUUGUGUAUGUGUCAGCUUAGUAGGUCCGGCUCUCUGUGAAGGUAGCCAGAUCUGUGUGCACAGUAACCCUCCACACGUUGUUAGCUUUUCCCCCACACCAGCAUAUUGAUCCCCAAUAUAUUCAUUUGUAAAUGCUGACCAGUAACAUGUACUUUCUACAAAUUAGCACAUGUUCUUGCAUGUCAUUGUGUUUAAAAAAAUCUUUUAACACAUGCUGAGAUUUUCUGAAUAAUUAAACAAAGAUUGGUGUUGGAUGUAAAAAUGUAACUGGAUGAAUGUAUCGUAAGGUUGAUGUCCGUCCAAUAAACAAACAGCUUGGUAAGUCAUACUUCUUUUACAUCAGACAGGGUCAUCAGUUUGGGAGUAAUGUUUUCUAUCCCUAUUAACUAGUGUGUAAUAUUCUUAUCCUGUAAUCGGUGAUAUACUGGAGUAUUUACAGCACCUAACCCUCUCUAAGGAUUGAUUCAGACUCAGAUAAAAUCAGUAAGCUAUUCCCAUUGAGAAGGUCGGCUGUUGUGCUCAUCCGAUCAAGGUGGGGUGUUGUUGAUUCAACAAGAACUGCUACUAACUGCUGCUGUUGUUUGCUCUCAGAUUUCUUCCAGUAUGCCAACAAGCUCCUCCUGAGCGAUCAUGCUACAAGGCUCCAAAUCAAGGAGUUUGCACGGAAAAAUGCUGCUAAUGCUCUCUCGAUGGCCAACAUGGUCAUGGGCAUGGCCUCCAUCCUCAGCAGCCUGAAUGGGCACCAUCAUGCGGCAUGUUGGCUGGUUCUGAUUGGGUACCUGCUAGAUUUGGCAGAUGGAGCGGUUGCCAGGCGACUCAAUGCCUGCUCGGCACUGGGUGCAAAGCUGGAUGAUUUUGCUGACUUCACCACCUUUGGGAUCGCCACAUCUCUGCUGCUGAGGACGUCCGACUUGCUGGACAACGUCCUGUGCAUAUGCUAUGUGCUGUCUGUGUUUGUCCGUCUCUGUUUCUUCUCAAGUGGUAUUCCGUUUGUGUAUCGCGGACUCCCCUGCAUCUACUCGUCAGCCAUCCUAGCCAGUGCCUCCCUGCUAUCUGGAGGAAACCUGAGCGUGCUGCGGGUCAUCACAGUGGCCAUGAUCCUGUUUAUGAUCAGUCAGAACUUCUAUCCCCAUGACAAAAUCCUGGAGUCCCAGACAUGGAAGAAAGUAGUGUACGCUGGAGGAGUUGCCAUGGUGUUCUGUUCUCCCUUCCCCCCUGCGUGUGUGUACUACCUUCUCUGGUCCAGCUCCUAUAUUUUGUUCCCCACAUCACUUUGGAGCUGCAAACUGUAAAGUAAAACAUGGGUUUACAGACUGCUGUUGCUGCUGCUCCCUGUUGUCAUCGGAGUAUCCAAGAUGGAAAAAACACUCGUUUAUUCAUGAGAAACAGUCUCUCUAUUUCACCUUUUAUUUUGAUGUGACGCCUGACUGAGAGGACUUAGAAAAAAAGAGCUAAGAUGGAUUGUUUUUCAGUGUUACUGGUGAAAAUUAACAUGUAUUCUGUCUUUUUUGCUGUAUUAACACCAAUCAACCAAUAUGUGGCAGGCUCUGAAAACAGAAUAUUCAUCAGGUUUGCCUCCAUGUUUUAUCUUCUUUCAUCAGUAUUAUUUAUCAUCAGUGUUGAGAACAUGUAGCAGCAGGGGAACAUCACUUUGUUCUAAAAAGAAAACUUUCUAUAGGACAAAAAUAACACAUUUUAUUUCCUUCAUGUUAACUAGUUUUAUGUGCUUUUACAUAACAGAUAGUUCAAAAUGUGUUUCAAAAUGUCAAAAGGUUUCUCUGCAGGAAAGAACCUGUGACAGCAGAUCUCUGCUGCAUUUAUUUAUACAUAUGUGACUGGGAUUUUUUUUGCAAGUCUGACUUCUUGUUCCAUUAUAAAGGGAUAAUAAAUGUAUGGUAGUUCAAAAGAACUGAUUUAACAUAAUGAUUCUGUUUUUCAUAAUAUUUUAUUUGCUGUUUGAACAUGUCCAUUUGUUGUCAUAACUCCCGCAUUUACACAUUGCAAACAUUUCUAUACCUACAAACUUUCUAUUUUUCUUAUGUCUAUGAAAUGCUGUGUUAGUUUCCUGGAAUUUCCUCUGUAUCUGCCUCUGUUUUAGGAGGCAUCAUAACAACACUGCAUCAUUCAUGUCUUUCUCUGACAAAUCACUGAUUUCACUUUGAGAGCUUUUAGUCAAUUUUCAAUUGUAAAUUAAUUCCACAUGGUGAGGAUUUACUUCUUUGAAUUACAUUAGUAGGUACUUUAAAUACUGUUUCUGAUGCCAUCUAGUGGACAUGGCACAAUAUAUCACCUUUGCAGAAACAGGUGAGAACUAUUGCCAGUCUGCUUUAAGAGAUUUAUUUUUUCUUCUUUGUAGAGCAUUUCUUUGUAGUAGGGAUUCUGUUUUUGUCACUACUUAUUUAGUUUCAAAACGUGUUUUUUUGCCUUUGCACUGUGAAGGAAAUUGAGAGAAUAUAGUGUUAGGUACUGCUUUGUCCGAAAGCCUAAAAUUUAAGCAAAGCAUAACUGGGUGAAAUGUGUCUGUUCUGAGCCUUGAAAGAUCUGGUUUUCCUUUUGCUUCUUAAUUCAAAUUACUUAGCUCAUCUUUAAGCCAUAAAUUGUAAUUCGUUCAGUUUCAGAUUUAGAGUAACUUACAAAGGAAUGGUUCUAAUGUGGAGAAUCCUGGCUUUUUGAUUAUUGAUUUAAAAUAUUAAUUUCAACUUACUGAUAACCAGCUCUGAAGAAAGUCUCCAAGAAUAACAUACAGACUUACUGCAGUACAUUUGACAGAGCGUACGGUUUUCCAGUGUGGGUGUUUUUGGUUUUCAGAAAGUAAAAGCACUCUAAUGUAGAACAUAGCAGAAGGAAAAACAGUAUAUUUUGAGAAAGAAAGAAAAAUAUUUAAAUCUUUUUGUGAAGUAGGAUAUGUGCAUUUUAGGCUGUAUAUUUUGAAAAUAAAAAAUGAGAAUGAAAUGACUUUGUGUCAUCAUGUGUAGUCAUUAUCAUUUCAGUGAAUAACAACUUGAGCAUGACUAUUAAGUUAGACAUUUUUAAUUGCCUGUAGAUGAAUUCAAAAAGUGCCUGCUGGGAAAUGUCUUACUGUGUUAAUCCUAUUAAGUAAAUUUAAUUCACUGUCUUUUAAAAUUUUUUGACAGAGCAGCGCUGGUUCUCUUGUACCUUUGUUGAUAGUCCAUAUUUGCUCAUUUAAAACUACACAGUUUUGAUAGAUAAUGACACACCAAAUUAACAUUUGUUAAUAAAAUAUAUCAAAAACAAACCUACGCAUGAAAAAAGUGAGAUUUUUAACAUUAUUUUUCCAAAACACCCUAAAAUUAACUCCUGAGAAAGCUGCAAAAAUACAUUCCUUGAAGUCAAAUAUUAUAUUUAGGGUUUUGCAUUU